AUGGACGGAGUUACACUAGCAGAGUUAAAAGAGGCCAAGAAGACCCUGGACACUCAGAGUGAUGUGAGCAGCAGGUACCUCGGUGGAGUGCACCUGCAGACGGGAGAUGACCGACUCCCUCUGCCCAUCUUACCGCAGCUGACCGAGUGUGAUGCCAGCAGCUCCCAGUGGAGCACAGACUUAGAUGAGCUGGGAAAUCGGAGGGCUCGUGUGUGUUUGGAGACUGAGUAUUCUACAGCUUCCCAUCAUGCAUCAGACACAGACAACACUGCUUCAGGCAAUAAGUACUUUACAGCAGCAUUAUCAGGUAUUGAUUGGAGAGAUGAGAAUGAGAACCCUAUGGGUACCCUUGACCUUCUCAAUGCUCAGGAGAAGACGGACAACUUCACAACAGCUCAGGCCUGUUACCAGAUUGCAAAGUCCACCGGUGUGCAACUUGCUGCAGGAGCUGCGGCCUUGCCCAACCCGAGUGCAGCUGCAGGGAUGGAGAUAAGGUUCUGUUCUUCUAUGGCCCAAGUGAGAGCGAGCGGAGUGGAGUGGAGUGGAGUGGAGACCGGAGCCGACCUUGGCCACACUCUCCCCGUGAUGCGAAUGUUCCAUGUGGAAAAUCAUAAAGGAACAACAGUCCACUCGGCCCACGCCCUCCGUACGGCUCCAAAAAGCUCUGGCAAGCCAGCCGAGCUGCACGGCUUCAAACAAGAGCAGCCAGUCGUGAGUGCCGGCAACUCCUCUAAACUUGGCCGAUCAGACACCUGUUGA